AUGUUAUUUUCAGGAAAGUUUCGAUGGUUAUGGCUGUAUUUAUUAUUUGGACAAUUGAUGAUAUCACAUGUAAGAACAGCAUGGCCACCAUCAAAUUCGUCAAAUGUACAAGUAUUGGGCAUGUUUGAAUAUCUUACAAAUACUACUGCGUCUAGCGUUUCGUCUAUUCAAUGUCGAGCAAUGUUCAUAUCAGCCAUCUUACUCUCUCAACAAUACAAUAUGACUAUUCAAGGACAGAAUAUCAGCUGGCAAGCAGUAGAAACUGGUGGUGAUCCGAUGACUGCUCUUGCUGAUACAUGUCAAGCAGUUUCCAUCUCAAAUAUCGUCGGUGUGAUAGGACCAGGACUUUCAAGGGAAUCAGCGGUUAUUGCUCCUUUUGCUUCAAGAGUUGGCAUUCCUGCUAUAUCAUAUGCUGCAACUGAUCCAGCAUUAUCUGAUGGCAAUGCCUAUCCUGAUUUUUACCGUACAAUUCCAACAGAUAGUACAGCUGUAUUGGCAAUGGCACAACUUUUCAUUCGGUUUAAUUGGACAUCAUGUACCAUUAUCUAUCAAAAUGAUGAAUAUGGAACAGGUGGUGCACAAGCGAUAAACGAAAUAUUUGACGCUAACAACUUAACAGUUUCAGAAGCGAUUGUAUUUGAUACUGCCACUCUGGCUAUUCAUGGUGACUUAAAAAGUCUUUUAACAAGUAGUGCAGCACGAAUUAUUAUCUUAUGGGCGGAUUUAGACUAUGCACCUUUAGUUAUACAAAAAGCGCUUGAUUUAGAUCUUCUUGGCCCAGUAUUUACAUGGAUAUUAAGUGUCGCUGUUUCAUUAGAUAGUUUCAAUAGCACCUCUUAUACUAAGUUAAGUGGAAUGAUCACUGUUGAACCAGUUCCAGGUAGUGUUGUAAAUGCUCCAAUAAACACAACAUUAUUAAAUGCAGCAUAUAGUAUAUGGGAACAAUAUGAACCACAAACAUUUCCUGGAGCAGAUAAAGUUGAUUAUUAUGCAAUAUUUGCAUUUGAUGCUACUUGGUCAUUAAUUCAAGGACUAAAUCAACUUUGUUCAUCUUAUCCUAAUAUUUCAUCAACAUGUACAACAUUCACUGGUGAUUCAUUCUGUUUUGAUUGUCGUUUUGUUAAUUCUGAUAUGUUUAUUAAUAUCCUUGAUAAUACUUCAUUUCUUGGUGUUUCUGGUCCUAUACAAUUCUCAAAUACCUCGACUGAUCGAAUAAAUGGCACUUAUUAUAUUGCAAGAAAUAUUCAACAUUCUUCAUCGAGUUUGAAUUAUGUCCCCGUAUUGGUAUGGUCUAAUUCAGAUGGAUGGACAACAAAUACACAAACGAAUGUGAUAAUCUGGCCUGGUAAUUCAUUAGUAGUUCCUACUGGAUAUGCAGCAAUAUCAGGUUUAACCUUAGACAUUAUUGUUGUCGAUUCAGCUCCAUAUAUAAUGACGUCAGUAAUACAAGAUAGUUCUGGGGAAACAACAACAAAACUAAUUGGAUAUAUAAUUGAUCUACUUGAUAAGUUACAAACUCAAAUGGGUUUUAUUCCUAAUAUUACUUAUUUUCCUUCAGAUGCCUCAUAUGAUGAUCUAAUUGAAUCAGUAGCAAAUGGUACUUUUGAUUUGUUCAUAGGUGAUGUAACAAUUACUGCAGCAAGAAGAGAAAUAGUUGAUUUUUCAAGUUCAAUAUUUGACAACGCGUUACGUGUCAUCGUAAGAGAUGCAGCUAGCGUCAAGUUAGAUCUAUGGUCAUAUUUAAAACCAUUUUCUGUUAAAUUAUGGAUAACUCUGCUGGGUGCUACUAUCUAUGCUGGUAUUCUGAUGUGUAUAUUAGAAAGAGAAGGAAAUGAAGCAUUACAAAAUCGAUCAAUAAUUUCUCUUAUUGGAAUGAGUAUGUGGUUUUCUUUUGGUGGAGUUAUGGGUGCUGGUGCAGAUUUCGGGGCAACAACAGCUCCUGGUCGAGUAUUAAAUGCAGGUUUAAGCAUUUUAAGUUUGAUAUUAGUUGCUGCAUAUACUGCCAAUUUAGCAUCUGAUCUAACAGUGUUAAAGACGGUUGGUUUUAUUUCUGGAAUAAAUGAUAUUAAAAAUGGAAAAGUACCACCUAGUCGCGUUGGUAUUAUAACUGGCACAUCUAUUGAAGACUAUUAUCUGCGAGAAGUCUCUGGACGUAGUCUUAAUUUCUAUCCAUUAAUAUCAACAGAUGAAAUGAUUGAAGCCCUUCUGGAUAAGAAAAUCGACGCGUCUAUUAUGGAUUCCGGUACUUUAGAAUAUUUGACCAACAGCAUGUUCUGUAAUUUAACAUUAGUUGGAACAACUUUUGAUCAAAGUUCAUUUGGAAUUGUUUUUCAGAAGAAUUGGUUAUAUGAUCAAGAUUUUGAUAUAGCUAUUUUGACAUUGAGAGAAUCAGGUACGUUUGACACCUUGCAAAAAAAAUGGUUUCAAACAAAUGGAUGUUCUCAAUCAUCUGAAAUAGGUACUGCUAUGUCAAUUGAUUCGAUGGCUGGAUUAUUUAUGACUUUCGCUGUUAUUAGUGCUGUAGCUAUAUUAUAUUUUAUGUGGAGAAAACGAACAGCUAUAAAAGAUCGUUUUCUUGCAUUAAUUCAUCGAAAAAAAUCACCUGAUUCGCAAGUUAUCGUAUUAAGUCAAACUGGAAGUGACAUAUCUUCUGAAAAUCCUUCACGUCGAAGAUCAACUAUUUAUCCUGUAUUGUAUCUCUAA